GAGCCAAGGGACUAUUUUAGUGCCUUGAUAGAAGUGCGUAUUAUGUAUAUUGAUACGAUCGCUACCUUUAUAAGUGAUAAUAAUUUUAUUACUUCACUAGAUAAAGUGUUUCAAAAAAUUGUUAAUAAAAACCAUAUUACUGGAGACACAGCAACUAAAUCUCCAGAAUUAUUGGCCCAGUUUUGUAAUUCUUUACUUAGCAAGAAUUCUGAUAAAAAUGACUUUGAAGACAUUAUGACUUUAUUUAAAUAUUUGGAAGACAAGGAUAUUUUCAUAAAGUUCUAUUCAAAGAUGUUAGCAAAACGUUUAAUACGUGGGACAUCACUAUCAGAAAAUGCUGAAUAUAGUUUGAUAUCUAAGUUAAAGAAAAUAUGUGGGUUUGAAUAUACUUUAAGAUUAGAGCGAAUGCUCACUGAAAUAAGAUUAAAUAAAGAUCUUAAUAAUCAAUUUAAAGAUUACUGGUCAUUUUGGCCACUUAAGACAUCAAUAACAAGUUUUAUUAUGCCAGAAGAGCUUGAAGAAAGUUUUAAAAAUUUCAGGAUAUUUUAUCAUAGUAAGCACUCAGGCCAUAAACUUAAUUGGCUACCCCAUCUUUCAAAGGGUGAAUUAGAAACUAAUUAUUGUAAAAAGCCUUAUAAAUUCAUGGUAUCUACAUAUCAAAUGAGCAUUCUUUUACAAUACAACAAAAAUACAUCAUAUACCUUCAAAGAAUUAGAGCAAAAAACAGGUUUAAAUGAUCUUACCUUGACAGACACCCUAAAAGCUCUUGUGAAAGCCAAAGUACUCAAGCUUUCUAAUGGCACCAAAUAUAAUGGACCUCGAUAUGAACUAAACAUGGCAUUUGAAAGCUAUAAAACUCGUAUUCUAUUAAAUGGUUCAAUUAUUUUGGAACAGGAUGAAGAUAAAACUCAGAAUGCCAGUGAUGACAAUGAUAGGCUUUUGAUAAUAAAGAGAACCAUUGUUGAAAUUAUAAAGACUAGAAUAAGGAUGGGAUUUGUUGCUCUAGUUAGAGAAGUAAUUGAUCGAUUUGAUCGAUUUCCAAACCGAUAUCGUUUCAAACCUAAGGUACCUGAUAUUAAAAAAUGUAUUGGUAUUUUGAUAGAAAAGGAAUAUAUUGAACGUAGUGCACAUAACAAAGACAUUCUUUGUUAUCGUGCUUAA